GAAUUAAGACCCUGCGCAAUUUUUCAUUUUGAGUGGGAUUGGCCAAAAAGUGCCAAGUCUUUUUUAAUUUAUGGCAAUGAUGAAUGCAUUGGAAAUAAUAUCAAGAAAAACAAAUUCACAUUUUGUGAUGCAAAACCAACAGAAACAUACAGGAUUAAACUAUAUUCAAUGUGUGGAUCUAUCAGAAGUGAAUACCCUGUUACAACUUCUAUAACAGCAGAUGAUGUUCCAGGAAUAGAUUCAGAUUCUAUCAAAGUGAUAUUAGACGACACAAAACCUUGGGAAAAGGCAACAAUAUCAUGGAAAAUGCCUCCUGGGGUAGAACAUGUAUCAGUGGCUAUUAAGUCACAUCAUCUUCAGGUUGCUAGGAAUCGACUACAUUCUGUUUAUCACUCCAAAGCCAGUCCAUAUGUUGAAAUAAGACAGGAGAUUCACAAAAAAAACUUUGUUGAAUUUGUCAAGCUGAAUGAUGAAAGUGAAGAUUACCUGGUUGAAAUAUAUUCUAUGGUUGCAGGACGCAGGCAGCCGCUGCCAACAACAUCAAUCUUUAGAUUGGGGCUUAUGGCACCGUCUAACUUGAAGGUAUCGCUUGACAAAGUCAGUCCUUGGGCGGUGUUUCAUUUGACAUGGGAUUGGCCGAAAGGUGCCAAGUCAUUCUCGGCGUAUGUUGAUUCUAGGAUCAUCGAAAAAGAUAUUAAGGAUAACAAAUUAAAAGUUAACGUUGCACAUCCUGCAAAACAAUAUCACAUUAAAUUACUUUCGCUCUGUGGAACUAUUAGUAGCAGACACCCUGCGGAAAUUACUAUAAGUACAGCAACAAUAAGUUUGGUACAAGCAGACACCGUAAAGUGGGAACCAGAUUCUCAGAAACCUUGGGAAAAGGUCUUGAUGCGAUGGGAUCGGCCGCCACAAGUCGAAUGGUUCAAGAUAAAUAUUAGAAAUGUAUACGGUAGAACAGCUGUCACAAAAGAAAAUUAUCAUGAAAUUGCAGCCGAAUCUGAAAAUGUGGAUGUUAGUAUUUAUUCUGGCAUCGGUGAUGUCCAAAGUCCCACAGCAUUAUCAGUCAAGUACAUAAUGGCUGAAAUGCCAGAGAUAGAAUCGAAAUCUAUUAAAGUGGUGUUGGAUGAGGCAGAACCUGGAAAAAUUGCUACAAUAUCAUGGGAAAUGCCAGUGGGAAUAGACUUCGCUUCGGUGGAUAUACAGCCACGUGGUAAUAACCCACUCCCGGUCAGAUUGGGAAAAAAUGGUAAAAAAACAGAAGAAAACUUUGUAACGUUCAAGAGUAAUGGUGUUACUUCUGAAUACAAUGUCAAAAUAUAUGCCGAGGGAUCAACAAGAAAGCAGUCGAGUCCAGCUUCAACAACUGUUUUAAUGGGGCUAACUUCUGAUGAUAUCAACAAAAUACUCCAAAAAGAAUAUUCCAGCCCAUCCACUCACAAGAAAAACAUCAUGAUGCCUAUGAUUUCAGAAGACGGUGGUAGCUGUAACAUCAGCUUAGUAGAAUUUGUUAAGAAAUCUGUGGGACAAGUCAAUGUCAUUAAAGGAGGGCAUUACAGUGGAAAAACUACGAUCUGUCAUGAAAUUGACCGUACUAUAUCAUCUUCCAAAACAAGGGUUCUUCAAAUUCAGAGUAAAAAUAAUAAAAAUACCUAUCUGGAAGAUAUUAUAUUACUAUCGUUGAAUAGACAUGGAGUAAAUCUGGUCAAAUAUGAAAUACAACGAUAUGUAUCGUGGAUGGAAGAAAAUGACAAUAAAAUUACGUUCAUAAUAGAUGAUUUUUUGUAUUCUCAUCUAGACGAUAAGACAAAUCUUUCAUAUGACAUCGUAACAAGAAAUCGAUUUCCAAGAAGCAGUGUUUUCAUUACAACUCAUGAAGAUGACAUGGGCAAGCCACUAUUUUUUCCAACAAUAUUUCAUAUUGGUGCGCAAAGUGUUGAAGGCAUUGAAAAGUAUUUAACAGACCAAGGGAAAUUGAAACUUUGGAAAGCAGCUUUGCAGCAUUUCUCAGAUGCUUGCAUCAGAUUCGACCAUCUUUAUCAUCUUAUGAAACUUUUAAAACCAGAAAAUAAAGAACACCUGCAUUCUGCAGCAUGGGUGAUGGCUAAAGUGUACACGUACAUUAACCGAACCGAAAAGGAAAAAGGUGCUUUUAUAGCGGAAGUCAAUCAAUGUCCCCAAGCGAGUGAAUUAAUGGGUUUUGGCAAAGUUGAUGUCUCAAAUUUAUCUGUGCAUGAAAAAUUCGUUUUCUCAUUGUAUACUGUCUUUUUUUCAGGAAGGACUGAUGCAUUAACAACUCUGCUUGUGAAUUGCGCUGACACCAAAUUCUUGCUGUUGUGCGCUGGAUUCUUUGAUUCUAAAAAUACCAAGGAGUUGUUCAAAGUUUUGCCUGUCAAUUAUCUAUCCAUAGCAAAUUCUGGCUUGACAAAAAAUCUUUCAUUCUUAGGAGCCAAAAACGUAUCUUUUGUUCCCAAACUUGGGAAAACUUUUUUCAGAAAUUUUUUAGAAACAAUGAAUAAAACGGAACUAGUGAAGAAGUUUUUUCCAAAUUUAUGAAAUUGUAGAAAAACAUAAUUUACAAUCAAUAGUUUGUUAAAUUGUUCCAAUGUAUAAAAGCAUGAUCCAAGUUUUAGUUAUAUAUGAAUCUUCAUACAUCUAGCAGGACUGUGGAACUGGUUAAUACUGUAGAAAUGUUUAAACUCCGAUUCCACAAAUCUGACCUCAACUUUUGAACCACAAGUUGUUUUUUCGAUUUAGUCUCAAUAAAUAACAGUUACUUUAUAUCAAUGGUUACGUCGUUUCAGACAACCUUCUGUACAUGCGGGAAAACCAAUUAGUAUGAAAUCUUCCCGUUUUGCAUAGUUUUCCUAAUUUUUUCACUCAGUUAUAGACAUUGGUGUAUUGAAAUCGAGAAAGUGUACCGAAUAUUUAGAUACGAUAUCAAAAUAGGUGCAACAUAGGUUUUGAAUGAAUGUGGAAAAUUAUCCACACAAUUCCUGUACAUUAUAGCAAAGUUUUUUUUUUGUAGCUUGUUCGAAAUCGAACAACAAUAUUUGCUGCAUUGUAUCAAGUUUUUUACUCAUUUCAAAGUUAGCCUCACUUUUCGUGUAACAGGCAUUCUGUUGUAUCUUAAUUUCUUUUAUUUAGUUUGUAGCAUUUGUGUGUGUUGUAAUUUGUUUUGGAUUCAUUAUAAUUUUGCUUCAGAUGAAUAAAACUGUAGAGUAAUUUUGAAGACCCUGAUUUUUAAGACCUUUAUGGAGGCUUCACUUAUCAAACAACGAAUAAUAAAAUCCCAUUACAAAUAUAUAUUUCGACAUCCGAUGAAAUAUAAUCUCACUGUGCGAGCUUAACCCAGCGUUCAUUAAUAAAUCAAAUAAUACCCAUGUGGUAAAUAUAAAUAAAUACUGUUCUAUUUAUGAUGAGAUUACCAUAUUUAUUAUGAGAUCGGAAAGGCGAUAAGACGGCUUUUUCAUAUGUCGAACCUCGGACUCUCGUUCAGUUAGUCUAUAUCGGGUAUUAGAUUACAUUCCCAGAUAUUUGUUUCAGAUUUUUGGAUUUGAUUGUUGAUGAAGCCGCAACCGACCAGCGAUUGCGUGAACUACACCCCAGCGGAGAAUAGUCGGUAUUCCCGAAGUAUGUGUACCAGGUUAGGGUCAGGCUAUAAUUUUAUUCUGAUUUUUUCCCUUUUUAUUUUUAUUACGAGUUCGGGGACUGUAUGUGUUAGCAGCCAAGUGAAUACCCCCC